GUUCUUCACUCUUCUACGCACCAGCAGACGCUACUCAAACACCUCGACUCGACCCGUGUCGUCAUCACACGUAUACCAGAUUCUUUACAAUUUCCCUUGUCUAUUCGCAACUUACAAGUGUACAUCAAACUCUCUGCUCAACAUGGCCUCCACACCCGUCCAACGUCCCCGCCUCGGCUCGCGAGCCAACACCGACUUGGGACCUCUCGUCAACCCGACACCCGCUAUCACUUCCAACAGUGAAGCCAAAGAAGGCGUCAAGGACCUCGGCCAAGGGACUCAGGUCUCUGUCGCUGGCCGCAAGCUCUCCAACGGCGCCUGCCUACCGGGAGGAGUCGUUAUGCCAGCGUCACCGUUCUUGCCUCUGCCACCCGCUCCGACCGCCGAGGAACUUCUCGCUGCUGAGAGAGCGGAGACAGUCAAGACUCCCACACCCUCCAACCUUCUUCGCACCAGCUCUUCUCGCAAAGUCAAUGGUGCCAGUGAGCUCAAGAGGACCGGAUCGGGUGUCCCCAAGGGCAAGACUUCCACGACCGGUGCCUCGGGAAUGAUCAGAAGCUACUCACUUCCCGUCGCCACCCAGAGAGAAUUCGACCAACAGCGCCGGGCCUUUGCCGAGCGAGAGGCCGACGAGCUAGAGUCCCAGUCCAGUUCUUGGUCCAGUGGCUGGCCAGGAUCAGCCGAUUUCCUAGGUGCACCUCGCCGCCAGACACGUCUCACUCGGGCCAGCAGCGGUCGAGUAUGUCCUCUGGCCCCCACCCGCAGCAACAACGGCGGCCUCCGAACGCCCCGAAGCCCGGUGACCCCCGCGGCAACUCCUCUCAGUCCCACCAAGAGGACAUUCUCUUCGUCUUCGCUGCGAGUCCCCAUCUUCCCGCCCACUUCUCAGCUUGCCGCUCAGGUCUUUGACGACAGCGACGAUGAUGAUGAGGAGGCACCUCCUGAGCCUGAAAAUGACGUCAGUGAGGAGGCUCGUGAGAUUCUUCGACGACUCUCCCUUGUCGACGAAGGCUCUGAGGUCGAGGACGAGGACACCCCUACGAGCACGAACCUCGUAGGGGUUUGUCGCCAGGAGAGGAUGGGAAGCUACUUUGCUCCUCGUCGCUCCGACAGUCAGGACAGCGAUCUUAGUCGUGGGUCGUCCACCUACGACGAGCGCGGACCCAACACUCCCAUGGUGCCCAACUUUCCCAACACUCUCGGCUUCUCCCCCACGCCGCCCAUUGGAAUGGAGCACAGCUUCUCUUCCCGAUUCAAGAUCCGAGCAGAAGUUACUGCAGGUGUCUGGGUAGGCGGGAAGGGUGGCAAGCAAGAAGAAAGUGAUGAUGAGGGAGGACUGGACGACCUCAUCCACCCUACCCAUCUCGCUCCACCCCCAGCAAUGGCCGUCUAGCUAGAUCCGCACACAUAGACUCUACAGCCUCAAGUAUCCUCUAUUACCUUCCGUCUCGAUCCGCCACAGUAACGACACUUCACGACAUCACGACAUUUCACGAGCUACCGCGAUCCCUGGACUCAUACCUAAUCCAAUCUUACUGUCUCUGUAUCGCCACCUUUACUCUACUUGACUCUAGCAUCGUUACCCCC